UUAGACAUCGGCAUUUUGCUCGACUUCAUGCCUGGAGCGGCAUGCCGUUUGUACUAAACGCGGGCACUGUUUAUUUUUUCUUAGGCAUUCAGUAGAAGCAAGUCGUUCUUUUGUGCGUGUGACAUCUUAGUGAGUCGGUGUGCAUGUGAAAGAAGCUCGCUUUUUCUGCCCGCCGGGUAUUUUAGAGUGUUUUAAGUGCGGUGAUUGAUCUCAAACGCGGUGAUGAUCUAAGUGCUUGAUCUAAGUGCGGUGAUGUCUGAAAUGGCCAUGCCUAACAAGUGCUACGAGCCGGCGUCUACCAGUACAAGACUGGGGAGAGAGUGCAAGUUUAUUUGAUUCUACAAAGAGCAAGUGCCUUUGAAGCAAUCGCCGAGCGUUGUUGCCUGCAGAAAUGGCAAGAAGGCCGGUUCUUACAAAACGUGAAGCUAUAGGCAUCAACGUUCCUUUUUUUUUGCCGCAAUGGAUACGUACAAUUAUUCCUUCGCUAACAGCUCCUCAAGCAAACAGGAGAAGCCGACGGCCACCAUCUGGUGGCAGUCGGAGGAGGCGGUCCUGGUGGCCCCGUACACCAUCAUACUUCUACUCGCCGUGCUCGGUAACGGCUUGGUCAUCCUGACGCUGGCCAUCAACCAGCGCAUGCGCACCGUGACCAACCUCUUUCUUCUCAACCUGGCCGUUAGCGACCUGCUCCUCGGCGUGUUCUGCAUGCCCUUCACCCUCGUGGGAGUUCUGCUCCGCGAGUUCGUCUUCGGACAGCUCAUGUGCAAGCUCAUACCUUACCUGCAGGCGGUGUCGGUGUGCGUGUCCGACUGGACCCUGGUGGCGGUGUCGGUGGAACGCUACUACGCCAUUUGCCAGCCGCUGCGCUCGCGGGCAUGGCAGACGCCCCGUCACGCGCAGCGCACCGUGGCGGUGGUGUGGGUCGUCUCGCUUUUCCUCAUGCUGCCCAUCGCGCUGCUCAGCGAGCUCAGGCCGACCAGAGACUCCGCCAAGAUGAAAUGUCGAGAGGACUGGGGAGACGCCCUGUACGAAAGACUGUUCACGCUCUUCCUGGACGUGCUGCUGCUGGUGCUGCCGCUCGUCGUCAUGGUGGCCACGUACGCGCGCAUCGCGGUCACCCUGCACUCGGCCAUGCAGCAGCAGCAGACCACAGCGACCACUGGCUCGCCGCUCAAAAACGGCUCGCCGUUCGCGGCCGUGCACCCGUCUCAGCGCGAGCCGGGCACGUCGCUGCGACUGCAUCGGGGCGCCACCAUACGAUGGCACCCGCGAGACCCGGACCGGUCGCUGGCCACCAAGCAGCGCAUCAUACGGAUGCUAUUCGUGGUGGUGGUCGAGUUCUUCGUCUGCUGGACGCCGCUGUACGUGCUCAACACGGUGUCGCUGUUCCAGCCGGAAGCCGUGUACUACGGGCUCGGCUAUCGGGGCAUCUGCUUCCUGCAGCUGCUGGCGUACGCCUCCUCCUGCUGCAAUCCCAUCACAUACUGCUUCAUGAACAGAACCUUUCGCGUCAGUUUCCUCGCGCUGUGCCGUCGAAGUUGUUCGCAGCGCAAGCAGGGUCCGGGCAAUGUGCGCAGUUUGGAUAAGCAGGAUUUUGUGUACGUUCUGGGUCGCGAAGUGACGUAAUUGCCGCCAUUUUUCUCGACGAUCCAAAGAACGAAGAAAGUAACUUUGUCGCACAGAGGAACAAAAUCCUCGGUAAUGAACAUGCGUGCUCAAUGGAUUAGAAGAUAGUGUGUGUGUGUGGGGGGGGGGGGGGGUAUCUGCGUUAUAAAGGCGGUUUGCAUUGAAGAUUCAUUGCGGUACUUCUGUGCCAAUCAAGUGCAGCACGAACGAGAUCGUCAUGUAAAUUUUCUCAUUCCCUUCACGUAACUUAACAUGGAAGCAUAAUAAAUGCCUCAUUCAGCCAUUCAUUCCCCGUGAUGACGAGGGUAUUAAACUUCUCGAAGAUCUAAGUUUGUCAG